CGUUGAAUAGAAUCACUUCAUCCCCAUCCUUUAUCCUAGAUUCAAACAAUCUUCUUAUCUACUGCAUCGAGCUGUGCCGUAAAAGCGCCCCCGGGACAACCGGGCUAGGCGCAACACAAAAUGAGCAUGAUGGCAUCUAAUCACACAUUCGGCGGCCACAACCAUGAUCGAUUGGGAGAGGGUGAAGACGCCUUUGUAGGGCAGACAAUGGUGUCGUCACAGGAUGACGGCAACGACGGUGUGGAUAUUCCGGUGGGCCAAAAGAUGAUCUCCGCCAUUUCUGGUAGUCUUUUGACUUCGCUACUUGUCACCCCUUUAGAUGUCGUCCGAGUCCGAUUACAAUCGCAAGGUUCGUCGCAGCCCAUCACAGAGUUCCAAAAGCUUGCAAUUUCGUCACCUAGUGCUUUUCGGCCUUCGAACCUUGGGGUUACUGCGUGCUGUCGAGAAGUGUUCUUCAUGAAUAACAAUGCCGAAGUCUGCGUCGCCGGUGGCCCGAUCGGAAAUAUAGCUGCGUCUGGAGAAUGCGCCGUAGAGGAGGUACAGAAGAGGACAUUCAACUCGACUUUCGAUGGAAUGAGAAAGAUCGCGCGUCACGAGGGCUUCACGACCUUAUGGAGAGGUCUUUCGCCGACCUUGGCUAUGGCCAUUCCGGGCAACAUCAUCUAUUUCACAGGCUACGAAUGGUUACGAUUCAACAAAUCAAGCCCGGUCAAUAGACUUACUAAGGACGAUUAUGCGCCCUUAGUAGCGGGAUCCUUCGCACGAACUAUUGCUGCCGCCGUAGUAGGUCCUAUAGAGCUGUUCAGGACGCGACUUCAGGCGUCUCCGGGCUCAACCGCUACGGGACAUCUAGCAAAUACUUUCACGGGUAUUCAAAAAAUGGUACACGAAAACGGUUACCGCUCCUUAUGGCGGGGUCUAACUUUGACUCUUUGGCGAGACGUUCCCUUCUCGGGGAUGUAUUGGUAUGGUUACGAGACUAUCAGGGGGAAGCUCACCGACAUACGCGAAGAGCGAGAAGGUCGGCCAUUGACUCGGGAUGAUCACGGCUCGAAGACGGGAGCAAGGAAGCGAUCGCAGAGCAGGGAAGGUCGUACAGCAACUUUCGCAGAUGCAUUUAUUGCAGGUGCUCUGUCAGGUGCAGCUGCAUCGACGGCUACCAUGCCGUUCGACGUCGGCAAAACUCGUACACAGGUCUUUCACGACGCAGCAAACAAGGCUUUACCUACUACGGAUAAGGCGUUGGCACCGGAGACCCAGCCGAUGUUGAGAUUCCUCUGGCAUAUAUAUGCUACGGAAGGCUUGGCAGGUCUCUGGAAAGGAUGGCUACCUCGCACUCUCAAAGUCGCGCCAUCUUGUGCUAUCAUGAUUAGCAGCUACGAAGUCGGAAAGAGGGUGUUUAGGGGUAUGAAUGAAAAGAAAGCCUUAAUACAACAGCAGGGCAAAUCUGGCGAACCUUGACGUGUAUCAUGAUCUCUCUCCUCUCACUUCUGAUUUUGUUGCAUUAGCAGGCGUUGUUUUAUCAUGAUACCUUACUCAGAGGCCGAGGGACUGGAACCAAAAAAUGGGUUGGAUUGCAUUAAGAUAUGAUGAUAUCAUAGAUCAGAAUGGUUCUGUAUACUACCAACCUACCUCAUGUUACGGGAGAGAGGACAAAAAGCAAAGACUUAAUAAAUUACAACUCGCCGCAGGGGCUCAACGAGCCCUAUAUGAAUAAUAUGAGCAUUACGAUCGAAAUCCG